GGAAAAAGCGGGGUUGGGUCAAGAGAGCUCGCUCUGGAAGCCAGAGGACCGGGCGAAAGGAGAUGGAGAGAAGAGGGAGACCGGGGUGGGGAAGCUGGCCGGGUGUCGUCGUCCUCCCCCUCCUGCCGCCACCGCUCUCUCCCUCCCAGUCUCAGUUUGGGAAGACGGGUGCUCCUGUUCCCAGCACGCCAUGGCUGUGAAGUCCAGGGCAGACUGAAGGGUGUUUCCAUCCUGGGCAUCAUGUCCGGUUCUGCACAGCAGACCUUGGAGACUGUGAACAAACUGCUCCAGCUUCACUUCAAAGAUGACAAAACACGAGUCAAUAGUGAUGCCCUGUUACUGGUGGCAGAAAUGCUCAAAGUGUUUGUUCGAGAGGCUGCAGCCCGAGGAGUGCGGCAGGCUCAGGCAGAGGACUUGACCAGGGUGGAGGUGGAGCACGUGGAAAAAGUGCUGCCGCAGCUGGUAUGUAAAGCACAGCUCGGAUUCCUCAGUUAACAGGCUUCUGGACUUCUAGAGACCUAAGGGUGCAAAGAGAACAUCCCUGAUACCAAGAGAACUUGACCCAGCUUCUGGAGUGAAGUGGAUCACAGACACUUAUGUGGAAUCUGGCACACAUUACUUCAGUUGCUGAGAUAACAGUCUUGUUAACUUUCCUGUCCCUGUAGUUACCACUAUAUUUCAUCUUUCUUCUUUUCUUUGUCCAGCAUUGCCCAAGGGCUGAAGCCUACCUUUCUCUUUGCAAGAGACAGAGGCCUAGUCUCUGAGGCCAGGCCCCAUCCUGCUGUUUCCCAUUCACAGCCAGGCAGAGUCUAUACUUUCUUUUCCGAUGGGAGAAACAGGUGCCUUUCUGUAGGGGUGUGUGGAAAGAGUGAAUAUGCCUGGAAGCCUUCCCCACACCAUGGGCUCUCAUCACCUCAGCAGGCAUUUAAAGGCCAGCUCCAAGGCUGUCUGAGCUCUUAAACAGGAGCCUAGCCCCAGGUCUAUGCCAACAGCAGGUACCUGAUCUUUAUUUUAUAAAUAAACAGUGCCUGUCCCUCAAUCCUUUCCAGCAUUCCACUGGGGCCAUGACAUCAAAGAGUGCUUGGAACCUUUUAACCAUUUGAUAUUUCUCUCAGAAGCUGCUUCCCUCUGCUAUAAAUUUGUUCUCACAAAGAAACUUCAAUAAAUCAAAAAUAGUCUCCCUCC